CUAAACCAAAUCACAUGAUCUGGAUCGGAUUAAUAACAGUAAAAUAAUGGUCUGAUUCGUUUCACAUGUACAACACGUUAUGAAGCAAUGGCUUGAUGAAGAACCAAAAACAUAGUGAUUAUCCUAAGAUGUUAUCAGUAUAGCUCAAGAACGUUCUAUUAUUAAUACACGUUAGACGCAAAUUGCGUCUUUUUUCCCUCCAAAAAAGAAAAGGGAAAAGGAGGGGGAGGGGUAAACUUGGAAUUAUAAGAAGCUCUUCGAUCUUGGACAGCAAGCAAGCUACAUAAAUCCUAAAACCACAGUCCACAGCAAAAACCUCUCCGAAUUUGGAUAAAACCAGCGAGCGGAGCAGUUGAGUCGGCCAUCGCUCUUCUUCCAUUUUUCUCCCAAUCGCUGUCACCACCAGAUUUCUUCAAUGUCUCAGUGGAAGCGCGCAGUUCAUCAGGGAGCUCAGCUUGUCAAAUCGCGCCGUCUCCUGCUCGAUCCUUCUUCUUCUUCAAGGAGCUCAUCAUCACCACUCGCGAACCAGUUGGCCCAUCGCAGCCUCAGCAGGCUUCUCUCUGACCUCGCUGGACCUAGCGGCGCAAACGCGAAACGCGCAUUUGCUAAGGAUGCAUCGACGAAGAGCUCUGAGCUGGGAUCUGCCGACCUCUUGAAGUUCCAGGAAGAAAUGCGUUCAAAUUUGUCCAGGUUCCAGUCUGAAGUACUGAAGUCUCAGGAACGUGGGUUUUCAGAGUUGGAAGGUGAACUGGCAAAGAUGAAAAAUGAUGCCAAGGAUGUGAAGCGUUGGGCGGGGUAUUUAGCACUAUCCCUAUCUGUCUGCUUUCUUGGAUGGAUGGGAAUCACUGGGGGCCAAUUUUACUACAACCGGUACUGGGACGACGACGAUGAAUGAAGGAAGCGAUCUAAUCUGAUGAAUGGAUUUUAUCCUCUUGAGUUUAUUUGUAUGCCCUUCCUUGCAGACGUGUUUAGAGAUAAUCUUAGCUCGGUAAUGAUGUUGAUGAUUAGUUUUAGUACAAUUAGAUCAUCUUUGAUAACUAAUUAGCUUUCAUGGGUCUGUCUCUGAAUGUUAUGCAUACGUUGAAGAAGAUUUAUAUCAACUUGUUUGUUGUUCAAAAUCGAUCUUUCUCUUGCGAUUAAAAUUAGUGAACGCACUAUCGAAGAUAAAAACUUUUCAAGAUC